AUGUCAGAAGGCGACAUUUGGUUCAUCAACUAUGGUGAAAUGCCUCCAGUGGUGCACUGCAGGCUGCUGGGCGCGCAAAUUAGUGGAUCUUUGUGGUGCAUCAUAACCCCGGACCAUGAUAUCUAUGAAGAGCAGCUUGACAAUAUGAAUCCUGACGUGGUAGAAGUGAUACCUGGUCUUGGGGGGAUUGGUGCGCCUCUUCCUCCCACAGUGGAUCCAAACCAUGUGUAUGGUUUUCGAGCCAUGAUCGCGCAGCAGUAUCAGGACCUCAUGAAUUCUGCACGGCAGUAUGCAGCCGCAAUCCGUGUCCAGAUGGGCAUUCCUCCUCCUGGACUAGCACCUGCCCCCGCUCAAGCUGGACCUUUUCAACCUGCAGAGCCUCUAGUCUGGGUCUCUAUGGAAGAAGAUCAUGGCAAGACAAUUGGAGAGAUCAUUUGCGAUGUGGGUACUCCCCUACCUGCAGGAGCUGUUGUUUUGGGAGUUAGCAAGGCAUUGAUCCCUGUUGGAACAGGAGCCCUCUAUGUGAAACAAGUCUCCAAGGACAAGAUCUCAUCCAUGGAGGUCCGCGAUGUCCGUGUGCUCAAAAUGCAGUUCGAUGAGGAAGGCCAGCGCAAGGUUGACUUUGGGAAGGCAGUGGCCCGCAUGACCCAGGACACCGACACCAUGCCGGGUGGUGGUUUGAUGCUUGAUGGCCCACCUUCGGCCUUGCCAGUGUUGAAAGGUAUGGUGGCGCGUGGUUUGACGCCAGUCACCGACCACGAACACUGGGUUCGAACGCAUGACUCAUUGAAAGGCGACCGGUCCCUCUACGAGAUGGAGGUGUUGACCAGAGCUUUGGAAGCCUUCGCAACACAAGACCAGAUCAAUAUUCCCAACAGUCGAGGCUGUGAACUGCUUGUCCGGCGUUGGCAAGUUAUUCGGGAAGCACAUCGGCUCAAUCCCACAAGUCCCGACUAUAGUGCAUCAGACAUUUUCAUGGGAUGGGAAUACAGGAGAGGCGAUGGAGUUCACACUGAGCUGGCAAAAUUUGUGGCGGCAGAGCUCAAGGAUCAGGCACAGAUUGCCAAAGAGUCGAGAAAGGCAAGGGAAGAAAUGGCGCAGAAGAAGAACAACAAAGGCGGAGCAGAGCAAUUGACCAUGUGGACAGGUUUGAGUAUCGGUGGUGUAGCGGAAUUGGUGUGGGGUCAGACUGAAGAAGAUAUGUUGCACAGUACAAACACUGAACUUUCAGGCAUGUGGCAAAUGUUUUGUGCGGAAAAUGUAAGAUUGGAAAUAGAUGAUGACACCGAAGAACACGCAAAGGACGAGCUUCCUGAAGAAGUUCCCAGUCUACGCACCGUCCUGCGGUCAGAUGAAAGUAUGGAAAUCGAAGACGAGGUUUUAACGCCACAGGUAAGACGUUAUGAGAAUGUCUGCCGGGCGAAUGAUGCAAUUGGUGCCAUUAACAGUUUGGCUGGGUGUCUGUCUGCCAAGCAGGGAGCACCUACUGUGACUCAGCAACGUGCGAUGAAUGGUAUCUUGCAGGCGAUGAUUGACAGGCCAAGGGCUAAUUCAACCACUCCUAUGCGUGAAGCCGUUUGUGAGCUUCUGCAUUACCGCCCCUCUAGUGCUUAUGUGGAGCUUGAGGAUUCGGGGACAACAACCGUUAGGCCAUUCCAACAACCCCUGGUCUCACUGCCAGAGCCGGGCGCACUGACCCACGAUGCACUCGAUUUGGUUGAUGAGGUUGGGCGAGAGAUUCUCGUGGCCUACCACGACACCAUGCUUCGUGAUGUUGAAAAAGAGCCACCCAAGAAGUUGCCGGGUGACAUCACGCCCUACAUGGAUGUGAAGUUGAAAUUGGAAAUUCCGGAUGGCCAGUCCAUGUUCAUUGCGCAAACGGAUAUACGUCGUGCCUAUGGGCUGGAACUGGGCAAUGUUCAUUGCGCAGCGCGUCCAUCAACAUCAGAGCAUGCUCGCCGCUGGUCUGGGAGUGGACAGAGUGCUAGUCGAUGGCAGGCCAAGUCAACUGGGGUGGCGUUAGUGCCGUAUGCUGACAAUUUAAAUAUUGUAGGCUGUUGCAAAGAUGCGGUGCAAUCCACAAAACACAAGAUCGUCAAACAUUUGGAGUCCUUGGGCUUUCGAAUACAUGAGGAGCAAGAGGCUCUGACAACUGCGGAAUCCCUGGGUUUUUUCAUUGAUGGUGAGCGGGGUAAAGUUUUUCCAAAACCGGACAAGUUGCAAAAGGUAUCAGCCAGCGAUGCCAGCCUCACCGGCACUGCAGUAUGCUCAACUACGUGGAGCAAGGAGCAUGUGCAGCAGAUAAGCCAUCUAGAAUUUUUGAGUCUCAUAGCCAUGCCUCAAAACGCGGUGCGAAGAAAACCCGCUACGAGAUGCUGUACCCGGGGUCAAAAGAAAGAGCGGAUUCCACCCGGUGCAAAACCGGACUCUGUGGUGAAUCGCUUGAAGAAGUCCAUUCAGCCUUACAAAGGGUUGUCAAAGAUGCCAAGUCCUGCAGAAGUAAGAAGGAGGAUUGCAGACAAGACAGAAAUUGGCCGCAGCGAGAAGCGAAGGCGACUCAUGGCAGAGCCCCUCUCAGUGCCCCGACAACCUGGCCAAACUUUUCUGGAGCAAUCUGCAAUUUCUCCGAGAACUGCUGCAGACUACAAGUUCAGGAUGGAGGUGUUCAAAAAGUUUUGCCUUCUUCACUGGAUCUCCACCACAGGGCCCAGAAACCUCGAUCCCAGCUUGACAACAUUCCUGCAGCAAUGCUUCAACGAUGGGAUGGAGCUGGCAGAGGCAACGCAGUAUCUGGCAGCUGUGAUCGACAGUUGCCCAGAGGCGGCAGCAAAACACAAGCUGCCACGAGCACGAAGAGCAUUGAAGGGUUGGAAGAAUCUGGAUCCAGGGCGAAGUCGUCCUCCCUUGCCUUGGCCUCUGAUAGCGUUGAUUGCGCAAACCAUGCUAGAGCAGGGCCAUAUGUUCAGCGCCAUGUUGGCUCUGACCAUGUUUGUGACUUAUUCCAGGCCCACAGAGACAUUGAGGCUACAGAAGAAAGAUUUUCUCAGCUCAACGUCUUUGGCGGCAACCUGGAUGCUUGUCUUCAACCGCGAGGAAGAGUUCGAGACUUCAAAAAUGGGGGUAGCCGACGAGAACAUCUCCCUGGACUCUCGAGCCUUGCCAUGGUUGGGCAAAGCUUUGGAAAAGAUGUCAAAGCCUCUUCUUCCCACACAGCUGCUUUUUCAAGUGGAAUACAGCAAGUUUCUCACUCAGUGGAAAGGUGCUCUUCAAAAGAUAGGGCUGCCGGAAAAGCAUUCAACCCCUUACCAGCUGCGUCACUCAGGCGCCAGUUGGGAUCGGUUCAAGAAUUUCCGAACGCAGCUGGAAGUCAAAAUGCGGGGACGAUGGGAGUCAGACUCCUCAAUGAGCCGAUACGAGAAAAAAGCUCUUGUGGCAACCGCAUUCGACAGCUAUGCUUUGGAACUUUGUUGUGGAUCAGCUCGUUUUUCGCGGGCAUUGGGGCGAUUAGGCUGGCAUGUGGAGCCUUGGGAUAUUCAGUAUGGUGAUUCCUGCGACCUGACGCUGGAUAGGCAUGUCUGCUCUAUCUUGGAUCGCAUCAAGCAGGGUGCUAUACAGUUUGUCCACAUUGGCUUUCCACGCAGCUCCUGGUCCCUGGAAAGGCGCGAUGGCAGCCAUGGUCCAAAGCCUUUGCGAGACAAUUCGCAGUUUCUCAUGGGGUACCCCAACCUUAGUCAGAUGGCUCGUCGCAAAGUUCUUCUUGGCAACGCGCUGCUAAGGCAAUCAGUGCGUGUGAUUAGGGCUUGUCAAAAAGCUGGUGUGCCGUGGUGCUUUGAAAGCCCAGUUGCCAGUAGAAUUUGGCUGACACAUCACAUCAAAAGCGAGAAGCAUUGCCACCUCCAACGUGCAGAUUUCUGCCAAUAUGGCGUGCCUUGGAGGGCGGAAGCGGCGGAGCCCAGCGUUGUGGGUCAGGGAGACUUGCCCCACUCCUUCGGGGUCAAGGCCGAAACCUGGAUAGACGAGACCGGAGAGAAGAAACGCUCCAAUGCAGGAGUCCUUUCGCGCGUGCGUAUCGAGUGGGAGGAAGAUAGCGCAGUGGACAUUGAGCGUGCCUGUCGAGCCUUCACAGUGCAAGGCUUCAAGGGACUGUUCACGGACUAUGAGGCCGCACCUUGCCGCGUGACACAUUGCGCCUUGUUGCCGGAGCUGGCCCCGCGCGCCCCGCGCGCCCCGGGCACGGUCCUCUGGGCCAACGGAGGCCGCUGCGCAGUGGCCACGAAGGACGGCCGUGCGGUGCUGUUGACGUUGGAUGCGGAAGCGACGGCGGAGGUCGUGGUGGGUGGAAAGUUUGAAUCUGUGACGUUGGUGAGUACCUGGUUGCAGAAGCCCUUCACUGAUCGAGUGAAGGGACGAAAAAGGUUUGAAUGAAAUGAUGAGUUGUUCACAGUCUAGUAGGGAUGCAACUUCUGCUGUGAGAAUAAGGAAUUGAUGUUCGUUUGAAAUCGCGGCAUGGUGAUGCAUCCCAAGUUCAAGCCUCAAGAUGUUUGAGUUGAGGUGACCUUUAAAACUUUACUUGUGUGUUUCAUGUAAUGUAUACACACCAGUUGCCUUUGCAUGCUUUUGUUGGAUUAAUAGGAAUCCCACUGAUAUGUACAGACAGCAGACUGCCCCUUCUUUUGUAGUUGACCUGCACGUAAAAACGCGGUGGACCGCAGAGCAGGGGCAAGGUCUGAUGCGAUGUAUAGCUUUCGAUCGAUUUGACUCCACGAACUACCAGUGGAGCCGAGCGGGGUAAUUUCUGCUUCAAUGUAUAGCGUUUGGUCGAUUUGACCCCGCGGUUGCCAGGGGGAUGAUUUUGG